AUGUACCAGUGUUUCGCAUCCAAUGAUUUUGAUGUAACGCAAGGAACGGCGCAGUUAACUCUUGGAGAUUACCCACCAACUUUACUGGAGAUUUUCAGUGAGAAAACGAUAGAACCUGGACCCUCCGUCACCUUAAAAUGUGUUGCCCAGGGCAAUCCGCUACCUCAAAUCACGUGGACACUGGACUCUAACCAAAUCCCAGACAGCCCUCGCUAUCGUCUGGGUGACUACGUGCGAACAGGUGGUGAUUCAACGGAGGUGGUGAGCUAUGUGAAUCUUACUUCUGUCCGGCCCGAGGAUGGUGGACUCUACGAAUGUGUCGCCUCCAAUGAGAUUGGAGAAGUCAAACAUUCUUCGAGGGUUAAUAUUUUUGGACCACCUUUCGUCCGGACGAUGGCCAAUGCAACUGUGGUAUCGGGGGAGACACUAAGAAUUGUGUGCCCCAUUGGAGGUCACCCAAUCGACAACAUUAAAUGGGAGAAGGAUGGAGUCAAAUUGCCAUUCAACCACCGCCAGAAAGUAUUCCCAAAUGGAACCUUGAUUGUCAGGAAUGUUGAGAAGCCUUUUGAUUCUGGCUACUAUAAAUGUUCAGCUUCGAAUGCGGAUGGCUUAUCGGCAGAAAAUUCGUUAUUUGUUAGUGUCGUAGUCAAACCAGUUAUCGAACCUUUUACAUUCCCAAAAUCUCUUCAGCAAGGCAAAAGAUUCAGCAUCCUCUGCACCAUUUCGGAUGGCGAUCCUCCCAUCCUCAUCCAGUGGGUAAAGGACGAAAUGCAUUCCCCUGGUGCAGAUUUGCAGGUGGUUCCUGUGACUCGGUACUCUUCGUCAUUGGUCUUUGACUCUUUAUCUCCUGAAGACCACGGAAACUACACUUGCCGGGCCUCCAACGCAGCUGGAACCGUUAGCCACUCCGCUACAAUGGUAAUUCACGUUCCUCCACGGUGGAGAAUUGAACCCGGAGACACCAGUGUAAUUAAAAGUCGAUCAGCUGUAGUUGACUGCCAAGCAGAUGGAUUUCCCAUUCCUCGUAUUCGCUGGACUAAAUCAGAAGGUAUUUCUCUUGCAGGUGACGUUGCAUCUGAAUUUCGACCAAUCAGCAGCAGCUCUCGUUUACACGUCUUUGAAAACGGAUCUCUGGUUAUCCAUAACGUUGAGGCUGAUGAUGAGGGGCAUUAUCUAUGUCAAGCGACGAAUGGAAUAGGGCAGGGUCUAAGCAAAGUCGUCAAGCUUUCUGUUCAUGUGGCUGCUCAUUUCAAAAGCAAGUUCCGAGCUGAGACCGUACGCAAAGGAGAAGACGCAAAGCUGGUGUGUGAAGCCAUCGGAGAUCGACCUCUCCAAAUCUCGUGGUUAAAAGACAAACAAAGCUUUGAGCCACAUGCUGAUCUCAGGUAUGAAUUGACGGAAACUGUUUUGAGCGGAGGAACAACUUCUGAGUUAGUCAUCAGAAGAGCGGAUCGAAGAGAUUCUGCUUUGUACACUUGCAUGGCAUCGAAUGCUUUUGGCCAAGAUGACACCAAUAUGCAGCUUAUCAUGCAAGAGCCACCAGAUGCACCUCAGGAUUUAAAAGUAUUAGAAUUUGGAAGCAGAAAUGCCAAGUUAGGAUGGACUGCGCCCUACAGCGGAAACAGCCAAAUUACGCAAUAUAUUUUGUAUUACAAGGAGGAAGCAGAUAGAUGGCAGCAAAAGUCACUAAACAUUUCUGUUUCUGGUGUUGAAUCGAGUGUCUUGGUUCGUGGUUUACAACCUGUUACUUUUUAUCACUUCCGUUUACACGCAGAAAAUCUUCUUGGUAGAAGUGAACCAAGCAACGUUGUACACUUACGAACAGAUCAGGAAGCACCUGGAGGCCCACCCCAAAAGGUCAAAGCAAAAGCUAUUGGAGCUCAUACAGUAAAGGUUACGUGGAAGCCUCCCAGACCUGAUCUACAGUAUGGUUCCAUAGAAGGCUACUACGUUGGAUACAAAGUUGCCAAUUCAAAAGACGCGUAUAUCUACAAGACACUGAAAGCGCAAGGAAGUGAAACGUUUUUGGAAGAGACACAGCUUUCUAACCUCCGGAAACUCAUCGAGUACGCAGUGAUUGUGCAAGCCUACAAUGCAAAAGGAGCAAGUCCACCUUCCGAUCCAACUACCAUCAAAACUCUUGAAAAUGAUCCCCCUGGAAGUCCGGUGCUCAAAGUGGUAUUUUCGAACCAGUCGUCGAUUAGUCUAGAAUGGGAACAAACGGAAAUUGCUAAUCCUGUUGAUGGUUAUAUCCUUCACUACAAAUGGGAGUUAGGCGAUUGGCAAGAAACGGAAUUUCCUUCUUCAGAGACAGAGCACUCAGUACAUGAUCUUAGAUGUGGAUCCGGUUACCAGUUUUACGUCACAGCUUUCAAUUCUAUUGGUCGCGGCAUUCCAAGUGAUAUUAUUAGGACGCAAACAAAUGGAAGAGCUCCUGUUGCUCCAGAUAAACAGUCAAUGCUAACUACAAACCAGUCUGCUGCAGCCAUUCACCUCGAUGCUUGGCACGACGGAGGCUGUCCCCUGACAUCAUUCGCUGUUCGCUACAGGCAGCAAAGACAGCAGGUGUGGAAUCUUGUGACAGAGGGUGGAUCUGGUGACAACAAUGUUAGACCUCAAGAGCGACUCCGACGUCAAAUCGUUCUUGACGAUCUGAUUCCAGGCACUUGGUACAGGCUUCAGGUGACGGCUCAUAAUGAAGCAGGAUCAACUGAUGCUGAGUACACAUUCGUGACUAGUCCCUUAAUGACAGAUUACACAACUCAUUAUCCAAUGCUUGAAGAUGGUCAUCAAGAUUUUCCUCUUUACUUGGACAUAAACAUAUUAGUUCCUGCUGCGGUUUCCCUUGCUGUCGUCAUUGCGUUAAUAAUACUAGUCUGCGUCAUUGUUCACAAGCGAAACGUGCAGGACACAAACAAUGCUGGGAGUGGCAGUGACACAUACAGUAGCAGAAAAUGCCAAGUCCACGAAGGAGUCCAAAUGACGGAAAUGGAGAAGAGUUCCUUGAAGAAAGCCCUCUCCAGUCCUGUGACCAGAGGAGAUUAUUAUCCCACCCCUUAUGCAACGACACGAAUCACUGCGGAAGAGCAAAAAGAGGCUGCUGCUCGACAGGCAUUGGAGGAACCUUUAUACGCUACUGUUAAACGGACGCCCAGGCCUCCUAGGUCUGAAUUUCAUGUGUACCACUAUCCAGAUGACGUCGAUAUUUAA